AUUUGGUAUGCAAUGUGCCCGCGCUAAAAUGCCAAUCCUCUCCUGAUGCCCGAUGCCAACUACCAACUAUCAACUCAAUUCCGCAUCGGUCUGACUUGGCACGUAGCUCGUGGGGCCCUUGCCAGCUGGUAAUCAUAAUAAUAGCAAUAAUUUUUUUAUCAUCCAUGGUCCGGCCUAGCAGACGGAAGAUACUGAUAAAUCCUAAUUUGCAAUUCGACUACCUUCUUUAUUUGCUACCCUUAUGAGUUUCCAUUAGCACGAACAAACAUUGGAAAAACCCGUUCCUUUUUUCGAGCCCAGCCAAAGAUGGACCAUCAUUCUGAAUUCAAGGAUAACCCGGAGAGCUCGAGCUCAGAGACAUGUUUUGAAACAGCACAGGAUUCCGUAUCUGAAAGUGCAUCUCAAGUGUUGGAGAGAAUCCGAAAUGAGGAAGCUGCAGCUCGCAUAGCAGAGAAGGAAGGUAAAAUUCGCCGGGCAUGCGAGAUGCGUGAUUUGGAUGCGUUGGUCUCUUAUGCCACUUCAGAAGGUGGCUUUCUUCGCGAUGACAUUAGACGACAAGCUUGGCCUAUCCUUCUCCAAAGCGACCGAGACACUGAGCUCGGGGAUUGGGAAGACCUAUCGCCCCAUGUAGAUGAAGACCAAGUCCAACUUGACGUGAACCGGUCGUUUGUUUAUUAUCCCAAUUGCAGUGACGAAGAGCUAGCUUCAAAGAAAGAUGAGCUGUCAUACCUAAUUAAGCAAGUGCUACGGCAUUAUCCAAUGCUCUGCUAUUUUCAAGGCUAUCAUGAUAUCGCGCAAGUUUUGCUCCUAGUACUUGGGGGGCAGACAGCGGCCUCAGCAGUUACGCGGCUGUCCCUAUUCCGGAUAAGAGACUAUAUGUUGCCCUCUCUUUCCCCGACAGUGAAACACCUACAGCUCAUCCCAGCAAUCAUGGAAAGAGCUGAUCCUGUACUGCGACGCCAUCUUGCGGAUAUCAAACCAUUCUUUGCGCUUGCAGCGACUCUUACCUUGUAUGCUCAUGAUAUUCAAGAGUAUAGCGACAUCGCCCGAUUAUUUGACUUCCUGCUGGCUCAGGAGCCAGUCGUUUCUAUUUAUCUUUUUAUUGCGAUCGUACUUUCCCGCAAGAAGGAGCUUUUAGAAAUCCCUGAAGAUGAACCUGAGAUGCUACACUUCACACUCUCUAAGCUACCAUGUCCUCUAGAUCUUGAAGGUCUGAUAUCGAGCGCUGUGCACCUCUUCAAUGACUACCCUCCGGAAUCACUCCCGCUUGGGGCUUGGAAGAAAAUUCCUCAGACCAGUGUGCUGAAAAGUACUCGAGAUAUCUUCGAGAAACAAUCAAUUGGAGAAGCUAUAUAUCUUUUUGAUAGACAAGUGCGACAACUGCGCUACGAAGAGCGGAAAAAGAAGGCAGUUGGUUUCUUGUGGCAGCACAGAAGAACAAUUGGAACCAUAGCCGUCACAAUUCUGGUCGGUGCUUUCUCAGUAUGGCUGAGGAAGAAGGGCUUUGAAACGACUAUAUCGUCGUAUAUCAAUCGAUUCAAGCUGGCUUUCCAAUCUCACGACUUCUUCUAGUCUUCCACUUCAUACUGUGCGUGGAGAAGAUUGGUUUAAAGUGGCGUUUGU